AUGUUCAUCCUUACGACUCUCGCCGAUCUGAUCCAGAUCGCGCCCGAGGACUUCUCCAAGUUCAGUGCCGUGGCCAUUGAAGAUAAUAUCAACGAGAAGUACGCCAACAAGGUCAUUCAAAAGGUUGGCCUGUGUAUCAGUUUCUACGACCUGUUGGAGUCUUCAGAUGGCUUGAUCGGCCAUGGCACCGGUCUGGUCAACGUUAAUGUGAAAUUCCGAAUGAUUGUCUUCCGGCCCUUCAGAGGCGAGAUCAUGCUGGGGAAGAUCGCUGGUGCGACAGAUCGCGGCAUCAAAAGUGCGAACCCUUGCAGGCAUGUGGUUGAGAUUGACACUAACAACCAGACAGUUGGCGUGGAAUUCUUCAACGACAUCAUCGUUCCUCCGGAGCUUUUGUUGGACGGUACUCGAUUGUGUGUCUGGAUCUGGCGAAACGACGAUGGCACCGAUUUCUACUUUGAUGUGGGCGAGGUGGUCCGGUUCCGCGUCGAGAGCGAGGAGUGGCAUGACCAGAUCCCCAAUGCGCCAGAACUGGAUGACAGCGCCCCCAUGGAGAGAAAGCCCGCGUAUUCCAUUCGGUUACACCUCACUCAUGAUAUGGAUGAGCAAUGCCUUUCGAUCUCCUAG